CGCAUGCGCGGCACCGGGGGGCGACCGCUGCCUCCGCCGCCCCGCCGCCCGCCCUGCCGGCCAUGUCCGAGGCUUAUUUCCCCGUGGGUCCCGGGCUCGGCCUCGAGGAGAAUUUCUUGUCGCUGGACGACAUCCUCAUGUCGCAGGAGAAGCUGCCGGGUCGCGCCGAGAGCAGCCUGCCCCGCCUGGCCUUCGCGCUGGGCCAAGGGGCCGCCGGUGGCUCGGGCGACUCGAUCCCUGAGGGAUCAAAGCUGGAAAUACCUAUGUGGCUGGCUAAAGGGUUGCACGACAGCAAAAGAAGAAUAAUUUCGGUGGAACUGCCAAAGAUCUACAAGGAAGCGUGGAGGACGGUGUUCAGUGCUGAUGCCAACGUGGUUGAUCUGCAUAAAAUGGGGCCAUACUACUACGGGUUUGGCUCCCAGCUCCUGAAUUUUGACAACCCAGAGAACCCUGAGAUAGCUCAGACUAUCCUGCAGACAUUUAUUAGCCGUUUUCGUCGUAUCAUGGACUCCUCUCAGAAUGCUUACAACGAAGACACAUCAAUGCUGGUGGCUCGGCUGGAUGAACUAGAGCGAGCCUUAUUUCGAGCUGGCCAGAAAGGGCUGAAUGACUUCCAGUGCUGGGAAAAGGGACAAGCUUCACAAAUCACAGUUUCCAGUCUGGUCCAGAACUAUGGGAAAAGAAAGUUUACGGAUAUGGAUGGUUAAAAUCCUGAAGAACAUGCAGCUGCAGUGAGGGACACUGAGAGGUUUGCAGUCUGUCCGUCACAGAAAAGAAAGAUGAAUCAGCUUUGGGAAAGGACGGACUCCUUGUCCAUUAAUGGGAAUUCUCCUCUCUAAUGUCUUUGUAUUAGUCUAGUGCAAAUUUGAAAGGCAGACAGCAAGAAUUUAAAAAAUAGAUUGCAUCACAUCACCUGAUAGCUUUACAGCUUACUCAUGCCACUCCUGAGGAUUUGCAGUUACAGUGUUUGUUAAGAGGCUGAAAGGAUAUGAGAUGAUUUCUCUAAAAGGGUAAUUGAUAUUUAUUAUACUUUAUCUUCCAAAUUGA